AGGAUAUUCCGUACCCGACCCGUUUUCUAAUCGGGUUUCAGAUGCAGAUUUGGAAAACUCCAUAAAAGUCAGUGAAGUAAAGAAGGAGAAUCGCUUCGGUUGGUCGUUGAAACUUGAGCGCGUUUUGCAACAAUGGCGGAUCCGAAGAAGGAGGGUUUCCUCACCUACGCCUAUCUUCUUCUCUAUAUCGCUCUCUCCAGUGGCCAAAUCUUCUUCAACAAGUGGGUUUUGUCAUCUAAGGAAUUUAACUUCCCUUAUCCUUUGGGGUUGACUCUACUUCACAUGGUCUUCUCCUCUGUUGUGUGUUUUAUAUUAACCAAAGUCCUAAAGGUUUUGAAGGUUGAGGAGGGAAUGACUCCUGAAAUAUAUGCUACUUCAGUAGUGCCAAUUGGGGCCAUGUUUGCAAUGACUCUUUGGCUGGGAAAUACUGCAUACUUAUAUAUUUCCGUCGCAUUUGCACAAAUGUUGAAGGCAAUCAUGCCUGUAGCUGUUUUUCUGCUUGGAGUAGCUGCGGGACUUGAGUUAAUGAGCUGCAAAAUGCUCUUAAUCAUGUCGGUGAUCAGUUUUGGUGUUCUGGUUGCUUCUUACGGAGAGAUAAAUAUAAACUGGAUUGGAGUAGUAUACCAAAUGGGAGGUGUCGUUGGUGAAGCUUUAAGACUUAUCUUCAUGGAGAUUUUUGUUAAGAGGAAGGGUCUUAAGUUGAAUCCUAUAUCCGUGAUGUAUUAUGUUAGUCCCUGCAGCGCACUUUGUUUAUUCCUUCCAUGGAUAUUUCUAGAGAAGUCAAAGAUGGAUGACCAUGGACCAUGGAACUUCCCACCUGUUUUGCUUCUCCUCAAUUGCCUUUGCACUUUUGCUCUGAACUUAUCAGUUUUCCUUGUGAUUACACAUACAAGUGCUUUAACCAUUCGUGUUGCUGGAGUUGUCAAGGAUUGGGUGGUUGUCUUACUGUCUGCUGUUCUGUUUGCUGAUACAAAGUUAACAACCAUCAAUUUGUUCGGUUAUGGAAUUGCCAUUGCAGGGGUAGCAGCAUAUAAUAAUUUCAAGUUGAAAAAAGAAACUUCUCGAGCCACCAUAGAUGCCUCUGAGCAUGAUGAAUCUACUCAAAGGGAAGAGUCUCAGCCUUUAACAAGUAGAUCGUAGCAGUCUGAGUUACUCAAGUUGUCCAUGUCCUGUGCAGAAGUUUAUGAGAACAUAUACUGAUAACGACACAGUUCUCAUAUAAUGUAGCAAGAAGGCAUCAAAUGUUCAUGCAGUGUUUCAGCUAAUUAUAGAUCGGGAAAAUAAUAUGCAGAUCAAGAGCAGUAUGUGCAGAUGUAAUAUACAAACUCAAUCCUUUCAUAUAGAGGUGCUGGGCCAUGGCAUUUGAUUUUUUUGAAAUAUUUGAAGUCAUUCACAAUCACAACGAUUAUUUUUUUGAUACAAUUGCCAGUUUCAACCCUAGCAAUUCACUAUUUCAAGUUGAAUGAUAAAGAUUACAAGCCCUGGCAUCCACCAUUUAUUAUAAUUGGGUCAUGGCUUGAUAUAUACUGCAUUUUCUUAUACAGUUGAAAACUUGUAAGAUUAUUUAUUGUUUUAUUAAAUUGUAAUUUGAUAAAAUUCAAUGUUACGGAUUGGUUCAAUUUGGGAAUAUUUGCCCUGGUGUAAUCUUUUUGAUCUGGUUGCUCUCAAUGUAUUUUGUGCAUUA